UCAGAAAUGCAUAUACACUUGCUCCACGAAUUAAAAAUUAAUUAAUUACUGUAAUUUAGAUCCGAAACCCGAAUUAAUCAACCAUGCAUCUGGUAAAUGCGGUGGUAGCGACCCGGAUGCUGUUAACGGUAGGUCAAGCUAACGGCGGACAUGAAGGGAUACCGUAUGGAUCCAUUUGGUGGUUUGUAUAUGCUGGAAUCUCCUGUUUUCUGGUUCUCUUCGCCGGAAUUAUGUCCGGUCUUACUUUAGGUUUAAUGUCUCUCGGUCUCGUCGAGCUUGAAAUUCUUCAACGGAGCGGUACCUCUAGCGAAAAGAAACAAGCAGCGACUAUUCUGCCGGUGGUUCAAAAGCAACAUCAACUUUUAGUGACACUGCUUUUAUGUAAUGCGGCUUCUAUGGAGGCUCUUCCCAUAUACCUUGACAAACUUUUCAACCAGUAUGUUGCUAUUAUACUCUCUGUCACAUUUGUUCUAUUUUUUGGGGAGGUUAUUCCUCAAGCAAUAUGCACCAGAUAUGGCCUUGCUGUUGGUGCCAAUUUAGUAUGGCUUGUACGAAUUCUGAUGAUAAUUUGCUAUCCAAUAGCAUAUCCUAUUGGGAAGAUUCUGGACUGGGUAUUGGGGCAUAACGACGCAUUAUUUAGGAGGGCUCAGUUAAAAGCUCUUGUUUCCAUCCAUGGUCAGGAGGCUGGCAAGGGAGGUGAACUCACACAUGAUGAGACAACAAUUAUUAGCGGAGCACUUGAUUUGACUGAAAAGACAGCUGAAGAGGCUAUGACACCUAUUGAAUCUACUUUCUCAUUAGAUGUCAACUCCAAGCUGGACUGGGAGGCAAUGGGAAAAGUUCUUGCACGUGGGCAUAGUCGAGUUCCUGUUUUUUCUGGGAAUCCAAAAAAUAUAAUUGGACUGCUUCUGGUGAAAAGCCUUCUCACAGUUCGACCUGAGACAGAGACCCCAGUUAGUGCUGUUUCAAUUCGGAGAAUUCCUCGGGUUCCAUAUGAUAUGCCUCUGUAUGAUAUUCUGAAUGAAUUUCAAAAGGGUAGCAGUCAUAUGGCAGCUGUUGUGAAGUCAAAAUCAAAAGUCAAGGUUUCUAUCCCAACAGGAGAAAAAUAUGGAGAAAAAAACGCGAUCAGUGAAGAUGCCCAAUUGACAACUCCGUUGUUAGCCAAGCAACAUGAGAAAUCAGAUGUUGUUGUUGACAUUGAUAGGGUUUCCAGGGUUUCCCCUAAUAAGCAGACCUAUUUGCCGCGUUAUGAUGCAGCCAUCAAUGGUUUGUCCCAAUCAGUAGAGGACAUUGAAGAUGGGGAAGUCAUCGGUAUUAUCACAUUAGAAGAUGUAUUUGAAGAACUGUUGCAGGAGGAAAUCGUCGAUGAAACCGAUGAAUACGUUGAUGUGCAUAAAAGAAUCCGAGUUGCUGCUGCUGCAGCCGCUUCAUCAGUGGCACGGGCUCCAUCAAGCCGAAGGUUGAUAGCUAGCAAAGGAACUGGAGGCCAAAACAAGCCAGGUCAACCCGUAAGGAAAUCUGAGAAUAACUCAAGUAGCCCAAGGUAACGAGGGACUGCUAAUCAGCAUUUUGCUGGAAACAAGAGUCAGGAAAGGAUAAACAAUUGCAUACUUAUUGCAACAUUUAUGAGAAGAGAGGUAUCAAUUUAUUGUCCAUUGUCUAUGACUCGAUAAGUAUGAAUAUAUGCUUGUAAUAUAUUGGAAACUUAGCAGAUGGUCGAUUCGUUUCCACUGCUAUUUUUCUGGAUGUGUUAAGAGAGAACUGCUCCGAUUAGCCCUUUGAACUCUCAAAUAUAGCAUUAUUUUUUCUCUCUUUUGCAUAAAAGAGUAGAAGAGUUGUAUUAACAAAUAGGGUUGAGGCUUGUAUUCUUUUGGUAGCAAUUAAAUUUUUGAUAAAACUUCCCCAUAGGGAUAAAUGGAAGUAAUAAAGAGUGGUUUGGUUUAUAAUUUUUGAACUA